CAGCAUCGCAUGGAGGAAGCUUAAUGAACCCAGGCAUCCAGUCUCUCACCCCACCGCCAAGCUCACGUUCUUCCCAAGAACACAUACUUAGGAGACCCAAGCUCUGGAAGCUCCAGCCUCUAUCUCUUCACCUUGAACCCUUCUUUUUCAAGAAUACUGCUCUUUGCCUUCUAGGUCUUGGCCUCAUCUGGGAUCCAAGCAUCUUGCUUUCUGGCCAUCAAGAGGCAGAUCAAGAUGCAAAAAGGAAGUGUUCCCCUUAAGUGUUGGUUACUAUUGCCUCUCCUACUUUUAGAACAUGGUGUAACCUCCAGUAGCACACCCACCAACACUGGACCCAAUGGAACCAGCACACCUGCCAGCACCGGAUCCGGUGGGACCCCCAAUGGAACCAGCACACCCAUCAACACUGGACUCAAUGGAACCAGCGCACCUGCCAGCACCAGAUCCGGUGGGACCCCCAAUGGAACCAGCACACCUGCCAGCACUGAAUCUGGGGGGACCCCCAAUGGAACCAGCACACCUGCCAGCACUGAAUCCGGGGGGACCCCCAAUGGAACCAGCACACCUGCCAGCACUGAAUCCGGGGGGACCCCCAAUGGAACCAGCGCACCCGCCAGCACUGAAUCCGGGGGAACCCCCAAUGGAACCAGCGCACCCGCCAGCACUGAAUCCGGGGGGACCCCCAAUGGAACCAGCACACCCGCCAGCACUGAAUCCGGGGGGACCCCCAAUGGAACCAGCACACCCGCCAGCACUGAAUCCGGGGGGACCCCCAAUGGAACCAGCACACCCGCCAGCACUGAAUCCGGGGGGACCCCCAAUGGAACCAGCACACCUGCCAGCACUGAAUCCGGGGGGACCCCCAAUGGAACCAGCACACCCGCCAGCACUGAAUCCGGGGGGACCCCCAAUGGAACCAGCACACCCGCCAGCACUGAAUCCGGGGGGACCCCCAAUGGAACCAGCACACCCGCCAGCACUGAAUCCGGGGGGACCCCCAAUGGAACCAGCACACCCGCCAGCACGGAAAUCCGGGGGGACCCCCAAUGGAACCAGCACACCCGCCAGCACUGA